AUGGCUUCCGCAGUACCCGAAACCCUAAGCCGAGAACAGUAUGUGUACCUGGCCAAGCUCGCCGAGCAAGCCGAGCGCUACGAGGAGAUGGUGAGCUUCAUGGAGAAGCUGGUGGUGGGGUCCACCGCCGCCGGGACUGAGCUGACGGUCGAGGAGCGCAACCUGCUCAGUGUCGCCUACAAGAACGUCAUCGGCUCGCUCCGGGCGGCUUGGCGCAUAGUGUCAUCGAUCGAGCAGAAGGAGGAGGGACGCCGGAACGAGGAACACGUGGCGCUCGUCAAGCAGUACAGAUCCAAGGUCGAGACUGAGCUCUCGGCCAUCUGCGCCGGAAUUCUCGAGCUCCUGGAGAAGCACCUUGUUCCAUCGGCUUCUACUGGAGAGUCCAAAGUCUUCUACUUGAAGAUGAAGGGCGAUUAUCAUCGAUACCUCGCUGAGUUUAAAAAUGGCGAUGAGAGAAAAACCGCUGCCGAGGACACCAUGGUUGCUUACAAGGCUGCUCAGGAUAUUGCGCUGGCUGAUUUGGCGCCUACGCAUCCAAUAAGGUUGGGGCUGGCGCUCAAUUUCUCGGUGUUUUACUACGAGAUCCUUAAUUCCUCAGAGAAAGCUUGUAGCAUGGCUAAACAGGCUUUUGAGGAAGCUAUUGCUGAGCUUGAUACGCUGGGAGAGGAAUCAUACAAAGACAGCACCCUUAUCAUGCAACUGCUGAGGGACAACCUCACUCUCUGGACUUCAGAUUUGCAGGAGCAGAUGGAUGAGGCUUAA